UAGGAUGCCAUCACCCUCAUCAUACAUUCUCAUGUUCUUACCAAUAAUGUCCAACAUCAGGCUCUCGAUUCUUUUACUGAAAAUAACUCCGACUGAACUUCCUCAUGUCAGCUUCAAUUGCCCUGGGCAUGGCAGACUCCACAUACCCUUCCUACAUCCAUAUCAACAAUGGAUGGUCCGAUGAUGAGGGGAGUUCACAUGCACCAAAGCACCCUAGUGGCUUGACCGAUGUUGCAACUUCAAGGAGGGGAAUCCGAUCUCAUGGUGGAGGUGGUCUAAUUGGUCCUCAGUCUAAGUGGGUGCAAGAAUUGAAUCGUGCAUUUCUUUUAGUCAGCGCUGCAGGUCUCCUAGUCGACCCUCUCUUCUUCUACGCGCUGUCUAUCAGCGGCCCUCAGAUGUGCCUCUUUGUUGAUGGGUGGUUCGCGCUGAGUGUGACGCUGCUUCGAUGCAUGACAGAUACAGUGCACUUGUGGAGCAUGUGGAUGAGGAUCAAGACUGCAUACAAUAUGAGACGUUGUAAUUCAGUAUCAGUAGCCGAGGAGGAGAGAGGGACGGAUGCUAAGGCAAGUGUUCGUGCUGCAACAGUUGAUUACUUGAUGUCGAAGAAGGGCUUUUUCUUCGAUCUCUUUGUGAUUCUCCCUGCACCUCAGGUUGCGUUGUGGAUAGCAGUUCCAGCAUUGAUAAGAAAAGGAGAGACGAUGAUGGCCAUGAAUGUAUUCCUGAUCGUCUUCCUGUUCCAGUACGUGCCCAAGAUCUACCAUUCGAUUUGUUUCUUGCGCAGGAUGCAGAACGUAUCCGGCUACAUAUUUGGGACUAUUUGGUGGGGGAUUGCCCUCAACUUCAUUGCCUACCUGGUUGCUUCUCAUGCAAUAGGUGGGUGCUGGUACUUGCUGGGAAUCCAGAGGGCAACAAAGUGCCUUAACGAGCGAUGCGUGGCCAACACAGGGUGCAGCCCCGCCAUGGUGGGAUGCAUUAGCCCAAUAUAUUACGGAACAGCAACAGCGGUCGAGGGUAAGGAGAGAUUGGAUUGGGCCAAGGACGCGAGUGCGAGGGCCACGUGCCUCGACAGUAGAAAUCAGUACGAUUACGGCGCGUUUAGGUGGGCGGUUCUUUUGUUCACCAACACAAGCCGGCUAGAGAAGAUACUUCUUCCUCUGCUAUGGGGCUUAAUGACUCUAAGCACCUUCGGAGGCGCGCUAGAGAGCUCAGCAAAUUGGUCCGAAAUCGUCUUCAAUAUCAUUAUCAUUACGAUAGGCCUCCUUUUGGUUACAAUGUUGAUCGGAAACAUCAAGGUGUUCCUGCACACAACGACGUCGAAGAAGCAAUCGGUCCAUCUGAAAAUGCGGAGUUUGGAGUGGUGGAUGCGGCGGAGGAGGUUGCCCGAGCGGCAGCGAUGGGCAGCGAUGAGGGGCGUGGAUGAGUACCAGAUGAUCCGUUCGCUGCCCGAUGGACUCCGGAGGGACAUCAAGUACCAGCUCUGCCUCGAUCUUGUGCGCCAGGUCCCCUUGUUCCAGCACAUGGAUGACUUGGUCCUAGAGAACAUAUGUGACAGGGUCAAGUCCCUCAUCUUUCCCAGGGGAGAAACCAUCACUAGAGAAGGCGACCCGGUACACAGGAUGCUGUUCAUAGUGAGAGGCCACCUCCAGAGCAGCCAGCUCCUCCGCGACGGCGUCAAGAGCUGCUGCAUGCUCGGCCCCGGCAACUUCAGCGGCGACGAGCUGUUGUCGUGGUGCCUUCGCCGUCCUUUCAUCGAGCGCUUGCCCCAGUCGUCAUCCACGCUGGUCACUCUCGAGACAACCGAGGCCUUCGGGCUGGAGGCCGGCGACGUGAAGUACGUGACUCAACACUUCCGCUACGUGUUCACGAACGACAAGGCGAAGAGGAGCGCCCGGUACUACUCGCCUGGGUGGCGCACGUGGGCCGCGAUGGCGAUCCAGCUGGCGUGUUGGAGGGGCGGAGAGGGAGUAGAAGAUGGAGGAAGUUGGGGAUUUUUUUGCACGGGACUAGUAGUCCCGUGCAAAAAUAGGGGAUUUUAG